AUGGAGAAUAUUUUCAUAUAUCAAGAUGUGUGGUAUAUUGUGAAAGAUGGUUAUGAUGAACCAGCAGCAGGAGUUAUUUUAAUAGCAGAACAACAAACUGCUUUAACAACAAACAGGAAGAAUAACUCUAAAGAAACCAAUAUUCUUCAUCAGGGUAUUCAUGAGUCUCUCAUGGAUAGAGUUCUGUAUAUUAAAGAAGCUAAAGCAGCAUGGGAUGGUUUGGUAAAUUAUUACAAAGGUUCCGACAAAGUUAAGAAGGCUUAUGAACAGAGGUUACUUGAAAAAAUAGCUACUGCAAAAACAGUAGAACAAGCACUACAAAGUCAAGUCAAAUGGACUAACAAUCAAGGAAAUUCUAGCUCUGGAGGAAGAUCAAAUAAUGGAAAUUAUCAGGGAAGAUAUUAUUUUGGAGGAAGAUCAAAUAAUGGAGGUUAUCAGGGAAGAAAACCAGUAGAUAAAGCAAAGCUUCGGUGUUAUAAUUGUGGAGAUUUGGGACAUUUUUAUUUUGAUUGUCCAAAUCCUAGAAAGACAACAGAAAAUAACUACAAAGCCAACUUCAAAGCAAAUAUAGCUGAGAGUGAAGAAGAAGAAGAAGAAGAACAGAAAGCUGAAAACAUAUUACUUGCUUGUCACACUGCAGAAGAACAACCUCAAAUUAAGUGGUACUUAGAUAAUGGUUGUAGAAAUCAAAUGUGUGGAAUAAAGGACUUAUUUGAUGAGCUUGAUGAGUCUGUAAGAUCAACUGUGAAGUUUGGUAAUAGUUCUACAAUUCCUGUUAUGGGAAAAGGAAGAAUAUGA